GAUCAGUAAUAGCGUUGAUAUGUGUUUCAGUUACAAACAGAUCCUUUCUGUGACAAUAUUUUUGCUUGCUGAAUGAACUUGUACGUGAGAAGACAGAGAGAUAUAUUUCACACAAUGGUGUACAUUACUUUUCCGAGUACUCUUACAGAAGAAGAAGAAACACUAAAACAGAAAUAUGCUAAACUCCGCAAAAAGCGAAAAGCUUUACAAGCACUGAAGACUGCAAAACCAGAAUCACUGCAAAAGAAUGCAGAGCAGAGUGCAAAAAGAUCUGCAGAGUCAGCAGAAGAGGCAACAGAACAGGCCAAAAAACUGGUCCAGUCUGGGGCCAUUAAGGUUGGAUCAGGUUCCAGAGAAAAGAAAGGAUUUAAACGAUCAAAGAAUCUGGAAAAAAAAUUAAGGGAAACAGACAAGAGUGUAGGAUUUUUACCAUUUGACUCAUCUCACAGUGGGGAAGAGGAUGAGAAAACAGAAUCAAUCAAACCAAAGAUGAAAGGGCUGUAUGAAAGUUUUACACCUGCAGGAAGUUCAGAUUAUGAUGGAGAGAGCCGACGUAGUGGCCCCAGUAGGCGGGAUCGUGAGCCACCAGCAAAGGGUCAUACAGUUUUUGUACAUGGACAUGGUGUGACAGAGGAUAUUAUCAGGAAACAUUUCUCAAACUUUGGAAAUAUAGUCAAUGUGAGCAUUGAGCGGGAAAAAAACAAUGCCUUUGUAACAUUUGAAAAAAUGGAGUCUGCUGACCAAGCAAUAGCAAACGCAAAUGGAUCCAUGAUGUCAGACAUACUGCUAAGAGUAUCCAUGGCGAUAAGGCAAGCCAACAUUUGAAAAUUUGCAGGAUGACUCAGCUGCUUCAUGGGCUUCCAUGGCUGCAAAUAACUCGCAGAAAGGCCCAUCACGCAAAGACAAAGACACACGAGAUCUGGUGAAAUAUGAUACAGAUAUUUUUUGAUUUUGUUUCAACAGCUUAAAUAAAGACUUCUCACUUGUAAAUAAAAUUUGUUUACACAUUGUAUAUCUGGCAAUCAAAAGUAUGUUGAUUUAGACAAAAUAUCACUGCUGAUAGUUUUGAUGGUAGCAUGCACCUGGUAGUGAAAAACAUCGAGUGCCAUAGCUCUAAGGUCACAUCACCAUGACUUCUACAGCAAACGAUAUUCAUAUUGAUAAAUAUCAUUUUUCUACAUGAAUUAUAUAUUAAGUCAGAAGGGAUUCAGUUUUUUAAUGUCAACAAAUUGUACUGAUCUUGGAUGCAUUGUUCUUCGACUCAGGCAGGUAAUAAAUUCAAAGCAUACUAUAAUUACUUUUGUUGAUUCUUUCCCUUAACCAGGACUAGCUGGCCUAUGCUGGUCGCCUAGUGCUCGUUGUUUGGAGGAGAGGGGGUACGGUUAGAUAGGAUAGACAAGACCUGCCAAAGAAACCUGUUUUGAGCAGGUAUGAGCAAGUGCUUCACAAUAUGGUCAUCAUAUUCCUUAGUGUUUUGCCAGCCACUUUCAUGCAUGAAUACAACAUUUUGAGAUGUGAUUAAUAUCUAGAUACUGCAGAACAUUUUGUUGUAGGAUGGUAUCUACCAGUUUUUCUCAAAACCCAGUUGAUUCAAACAUGGUCACUCCUCAUACUUCCGAUGGAUUUGAAAGUGUUAAUGUAUUACUAUCAAACUUGGCCUACAUCUGUCGCUCUAAUAUGAAAUGUGAAGAUCACAUCUAUGCUGCUGUUUCAUGAGUGCUACACUAUACAUGGUACGCAAUAAUCUCUUUGUUUUUUAAACCAGCGUCCAUUAUUAUGUCUGUGUGUUUUUAUUUUUUGUUAAGCAUGUUGAACCUUUAAUAAUUAAAGCAACAGACAAUGAUCAA